AACCCGAAUCUUAACCCUAGGGUUUUUGGUAUUUUCAAUUUUCCAAGCUCUCCCCUCUUCUUCUCACUGUCAGUGUGCGAAGGCGAGGCUCGCGAGGGAGGAGGAUGACGAAGUUCAGGAAGCUAAACCGACCCACGGGUCACCGCAUGUCCAUGCUCAGGACGAUGGUGUCGCAGUUGGUGAAGCACGAGCGCAUUGAGACCACUGUUUCCAAGGCCAAAGAGAUCCGUCGCGAGGCUGAUAAAAUGGUGCAGCUUGGAAAAGAUGGCUCCUUGUGUGCCGCAAGGCGUGCUGCUGCUUUUGUGCGUGGGGAUAAUGUACUUCACAAGCUAUUUACUGAAAUGGCUUAUCGAUACAAAGAUCGAGUAGGUGGAUACACAAGGCUACUUCGCACUCGUAUACGAGUUGGUGAUGCUGCACCUAUGGCCUAUAUUGAGUUCAUCGACAGAGAAAAUGAGCUCAGACAAUCAAAACCACCAGCCCCCCAACCACCUCAGAGAGUUCCUUUGGAUCCUUGGGCGAGAUCCAACCUUUGCAAGUAGUUUGCACCUCCUAAAGAAGAUAAGAGCUCUGAGAUUUGAUUUGCUGUAUUGAGACUUUAUUUUCGUAGUUUCAGUUGCCAAUAUCUUAUGAUUCCGUCGAGAGUCUUUGAUUUCUCGUGGUUCUCCUAAUAGUAAGUCUCUGAUUUCUUGUGAUUCAUAGUAAGAUGCCCUUUCAUCAAAUUCAUUAGUAAUGAACCAUUGUGUCAGGCUCGAUAUGCAUUUGGACAUCGAGAAGUUGAUG